UUGAUUGCCCUGCUUCGCACUCCAUCUCUGGAAGCGCACCCACAAUUCUGGGUUGUGAUUUCCGAUUUCUGGUUUCUGGGUUCCUUUGGUAACAGUAUCGCACUGUAGAAAUUUAUUUUUUCUCGUGGAAUCAUCGUUACAGUGUCCCAAUUUAAGCCGCAGGUGUAUAGUGAUCCUUGCCGCGGCUGUUCAAUUCGCGGUUUCAUCACUUCUGUUGUUGGAGUAGGAAUCGUUCAAUUGAUACUUGCGUUCCGAUGUGCCCGACGAUUUCUGCCCGCGCCCCGCUUUUAUGAAGGGCACUUUCUGAUAUUUCAUUACUUUGGGUGAGAGCGUGGGGGAGUAGACGGGUGGUAGCUGGGUACGAGGGAUUUUGUGGGAAGGGGAGAAAGAGUUGGGUCGUGAUGGAGUGUUGUCACCUCGUGUCUGUGUGUGGUGGAUGUUUUAACGUCCACUACAGCAAGGGGACACUUCCCAUGGGCAAGAAAAGUGUUGGCUGUGGGAAAGCAUCGAGUUUGAGAGUUUCUGCGACGAGCGCCAAGUCACCCCCAUCGCCCGGAUCUGUCCGACGGCGUGUGGUUUUCCAAGAGCCCAGACACUUGCUGCACACACAGGAUUACAAGAAUACAAACCUUCAAGAUAUGGAAUCAGAUGCGUUCAGGGCCUUAGAUCGGGUGACCUCCAGUUCUGGAAAUGCAGAGGCCACUUACACCGUUCAGCUCACUACGAGCAACGAAGAUCGGGCGAGUCUGUCGAUUACAAAUGCAUGUAUCAUGCUUUUACUGAUUGGUGAAGGAGGUGAAGCGCUCAUGCAGAGAAUUCUCCCAGUUCAGGACAGUGUAGCAAACUCUGCAUCGUUGCGGUUCCAGAGAGGAUCAGUUGAUGAAGUCAAUUUUCGUGGCCCUAAUCUUGGCCGAAUCUCUGCUCUUUGGAUAGCUCCAGAGUCAGGGACAUGGCGGUUGGAGCAAGCGACAGUAACCAUGAUGCCAUGUGGGGGGCCUGAGGAAUCAGGAUUAGACGCACAGAAAGGAUUUUUUCACGUAUUCAAUGGCAGGGACAUCCUUAUGGGUGAUGGCGAGGACCAUUCGGCGGUUGAACUAAAACCAGCUCAAGUUUUAGAGUGCAAUGGAUCAGAGGAUUCAGCAAUUCUGGCAGUUAAAGUUCCCAUUGAAGCAAGAAAGACUCCACAAGAGUCUGCAAGGUUACGCAAAGCUAGUAUGCGAGAAUAUGAAUCUCUUAAGCUUCUCUUACUCGGCUCGACUGCUGGUAUGGUUGGUGUUGGAACCCUGGGACUUUACCUGCUCGGUGUCCCAGAUAUGGCACAAGCAUUUGCCGUAGGUGGCGCUGGAGGGCUUCUGUAUCUUCUCUUGAUUCAAAGGGCGGUAGACCAAAUACCGAGCCCAGACCAGCCCGAAAGCCUGAAGAGCAAUGGUACAUUCUCAAGCCUGAAGGUGAAAUCUCCAGCUGCAACCUUUGCUCUGAUUGUAGGGCUUGCACUUGUGGUGACGAGGGCAUCUCAAGCUUCCGCCGUGAUCAGCAUCUCCCCUCCGGAGCUUUUGGCAGGAUCACUUGGAUUUCUCACUUCCAAGAUUGCUGUACUCUUAGCUGCUUUCACUCCCACUAAAGCUGAAAAAAAUCCUGAGUAGAAGCUAUGGUGUUAUUCUACAUGUACAUUGUGCUUGGUGUUUAGAUAGUUUAUUUCAGGUGAAGAACUGGAUCAUCAUCCUGUUGUCUUCCGAAGUACUGUCGAUUUUUUUAGAAAUUCAUGUAGAAAAUCAUUUUUUGCAGUGAAAUUCGAGAGGAUCAAUGGUUCAACGUUUGUACUAUACAGUGAAGCCUAAUAUCAUAUUUAGAAGAGCUAGAGCCAAACAAUGGACCACUUGGACUUCAUAUUUAAGAAAUGCAUUGUGAAGCUGACGUAA